AUGCACUGGGGAGACGCCUUAAGAAGCAGAAAGACUGCAGGAAGGACACCUCUCUUGGCUUUGCAUCAGCUCUCCCCUUCCUUGCUUGUGGAGUGUGCAGUGCAUCAGAGGCUUUCUCCCUGGCAGAGUCUAAGAGUGGUCUAUUGCAGUACGGUAGUGCCCUCUGACGAAGUGACGGUGGUUUACCAAAAUGGGUUACCUGUUAUUUCUGUGAAUCUUCCAUCCCGACGUGAACGUUGCCAGUUCACGCUUAAACCUAUCUCAGACUCGGUUGGUGUGUUCUUGCAACAGCUGCAAGCGGAGGACCGGGGAAUUGAUCGGGUUGCAAUCUACUCAGCAGAUGGUACUCGUGUUGCCUCCUCCACAGGCAUAGAUUUGCUUCUGCUGGAUGACUUCAAGCUGAUUAUUAAUGAUGUCACGUACCUUGUUAGACCACCAAAGAGAGGUAAACCAACCAAAGUAAUAUCGAUUUCUGAAGAAUCUAUAAGGAGUUGUGUGGAUAAAUGCAUAUAAAGCACUCUCUCUCUUUCCUAGAGCUAGCAGCAGAUGAACAAGGAGAAGGAGCUGAUAGGGAGACUAGAGGAACUGAAGGAGCAGCUAGCACCAUUAGAAAAAGUAAGGAUGGAGCUGAGCAGGAAGGCAGAGAAGAGGACAACCUUGGUUUUAUGGGGAGGGCUGGCCUACAUGGCCACUCAGUUUGGGAUUCUGGCCCGCCUCACCUGGUGGGAAUAUUCUUGGGACAUUAUGGAACCAGUCACCUAUUUCAUCACCUAUGGUAGUGCCAUGGCAAUGUAUGCUUAUUUCGUAAUGACUCGCCAGGAGUAUGCUUAUCCAGAUGCCAGAGACAGACAGUACUUAUUAUUUUUCCAUAAAGGAGCCAAAAAGACACGAUUUGAUCUAGAGAAAUACAAUCAACUCAAGGAUGCAAUCGCUCAGGCAGAAUUGGACCUUAAGAGGCUUCGAGAUCCACUGCAGGUUCACCUGCCCAUCCAGCAAAUUGAUGAAAAGGACUGAUCAGCCAAGAAGCUCUGAACCCCGGCAAAAAACCUGUUCAUAGCUCUUGCCUUUUUAAUUAAAGCAUUGCAGGUGGAAGCUGGGAGAUGGUGUCAGGGUGGAGGGUUUUUACCUUUAAUCAAGACAAAGGACUGUAAGGGAGGGAAACAUCUUAAAUCGGAAGAUGGGGCAUUGUGGAAUGCCUAGCUCUGAAAAGGGCUUGGCAAAUAGUCACCUUUAAAACUGUCUGAAUGACAAUUAUGUACAAAUACAGGAUUGGGGGGGUUUCAUGAAAAGAAUGUAAUGCUGGGAUAGGGGUGUCUUCUUCCAGUUUUGCAGGGUCUGCCCCUUGAUAAGACACCAGCAGCCUGCUUAGCUUUUUAAAUUUUCCUUUAUCUGAUUCAGAUCUCUCUCUUUCUCUCUCAAAAAAAGAAAAAGGGAAAAAAAAAACCCACAGAAUCCAAGCCACCUGGAGCCAUGCCUGGUGAUCGGAACUUGCGCUCCAUCACCAUUAACACGCACACUUCUGAUCAGACCUGGUCUCUUUUAUAAAGUUACUACAAGACUGCUUUCUACUGGAAAACCGUGAGCUUCUCUUCCCCAGCCCACCCCAUGUGCUCCACUGACUUCCUCCUUUGCUUAUUUGUAGCACAGAUUGAUUGUAGCCAAGUGAGAGAAGGAACAAGUUUUGUUCUGGACAUUUGAUAAUUGAUAUUUUGGAUUAUUCCUUAACUACAUAAAUUUUGAGUCGCAGUGCUCUUGAGCUCCUCCUAGAAAUCAAUGGCAGCAUUGCAUGAGAGUUUUUAUAUUCAGUCUUAAGAGAGGGAGAUUCCCCUCUUCCCACCCCAGAUCUGAUAGCCACCUGGACUGUGAAAUUAUGAAGACUUAAAGGAUUAUGAAACUGGCUCAGAAUCAUGACUCCUGUUUAACUGAACAGUGUUGGAACAUGGAAUAAUUAAACUUGAUAUUUGACUGCUUGUGUAACAAGAUAAAAGGUCUCACACAUGAUCAAAACAUUUUCCUUGUUGGGAGGCUUUUUGAAAGCCCAGGCCUCUUACAGUGCAAGACAGAACUAUUUCAGUUCCCUAGUGCACUUUCCCCUACUUAAGUAGCUUUAAAUGAACUUUGCGCCCACAGAUCAGGAUUUCUUAGGAGUGGCUAAUGACAUCGCUUGUUCUUAGCUAAAAGAAAUAGAGGAAGGGAAGUCAAGCCGUUGCCCUCUCUCCUAGCCAAGACUGACUGAUUUCUAAGCAGAUAAAACAUCUCUUGUUUUGAAGUGGGUCAGCCUCUUUUUUUAGCAUCCUGCUGAUAAAUGCUGUGGAGACAGGAUGAAGGUGGGAGAAAUGCACUAAGCUUUAUAUAUGGAAAAGCCGGCUGCUUUUUUUGACGUUUCACUACUACUCCUCACUGUGUCAUGGCAAGAGGCUUCCAUUUUUUGGAGAACCAUGUCUGAAAAAAAAAAAAUCAGUAUUAACCAGACGCCAGGUGCCUUGCAGAUGUGGAAACACAGCUGGGAUUGCUGCCUCUUCUCACUCAAUGGCAUGUUGGACUGAAUGGGUGCAUGUUUCUAGUUUUACCCCCUCCCCUUUUCCCUCUGUCUUUCAAUUUAAUUAUAUUGUGUGAUUUUUUUUUUAAUCUGUUUUAUCCUGUUUGGGUGAUGAUUUUAAAGGGAAAAAAAAUGAACACAAUCCUGUAGCUGAAUCCUUGGUGUGUGUUUGGGAUGAGGGAGGGAGCAUGGAGAAAAGUCCUUCUUUAAGAAAAAAAAAAUACUGAACAUGUGUAAAAUCCUGUAUCAUUUAUGAAAUAUGUAUAAAAGAGCAAUGUACUUCUGGAACAAUAAAUAACUAUUCAAUUUUUGAAUCUG